AUGAACCGUAUUUCUCAAAGGCCUAGAGGCCUCUCACUCUCGACCCACGACUUUCACUGUAAGCCCCAAUGGCUCCACCGCAUUGCAGGUCGUCAAAGCCAUCCCCUUCUCCUUUUCGCGGAUGCGACGUCCCGGUCCAUGGCACCGGGCUGGCAUCUCGUAUUCCGGCAUUUCAACCUCGGCUAUGAAUCCGAUUGGCAGGGACGACUGCGCCGCGGGACUGUAUUGCGACGUUCCCAACCGCUUUGGUCGCCAAGAGUCAUCACAUAUCAGAUUGGCCUAGCCGAUGCUGGCAUGCGGUCGGAGCUGGCGCCUGAGGAGCCGGAUACUGUGUUGUCGCGGACGGAGUCGGGGGCCGGCAGAUUGGUGCCCCGUCUAUUUCCACCGGAUGACGGUCAUCACUUGGGCAUCCUUGGCAUCUUGAUUGAGAUGACUGCUCGGACGGCUAGCAGCCAUGGCCCACUGACUUUCUCAGUGGACCUUGCGCUUAUCCGUUUGUUUGAUGUAUCUCUUGUGGUGGAGAUUGGUAUGCGACAUGGGCAACAACAUGAGGCGAGCUGCAUGUCUCCUACGCGGAAGUCUGAGAUUCCAACCACUCCUACAAUCCCAUGUCUUGCAUCCUGGAAACAUGGGGCAAGCUUUGGUGAGGCAGAUCAGAUUGCCUUUGGUACCGUCCACUACAAACCCUUGCAAACUACGAGUGCCAACUUUCAAACGUCGGGCCGCGGCAUGUCUAGCUCAAAGAUCACCAAGGAGAUCUUGGUUCUCCUGGACUGGCGCUUUCGGGCGAUGGAAACGCUGCCUACCGAUGUCUUGCACUCUACGGAUGUUAAGCGCCCUCAUCAGACUGUUCUGCGUGGCCCCGGGGCCCAGGCCCAACUACCUUACUCAGUUCGGGCCUUGUUAUCGCUCAGCAACUAUAGUCGGCAGACAUCGCCUCGAACGUCAGCAGGGAUAUCGUCCUCUCAUGUUGCCUCCUUCCCUUCCUACCGUAUCCUGGCCGACUACGUGUUUUACGACAUCAUAACACGACGCGAGAUGGAGAUCCGGAGCGGGCGUCUCCCCUCUUCUGGGAAUACAGAGCCUUCGGACUACGAUCUGAUCUGGAUUCCAGUAUAUAUUCGCUCCCAUUCCUGUCAGCUUACUUUGUCCGCGCGCCUGCCUCGCUGUUUCAUCCUGUUGCCAUAUUCCGUGAUCCGGCCUGGUGGCACCGAUCGGACGACACUGGAGGGACUUGAAGCGGCAUGCUACAAGCAUAUCACCCUCCUCGAUUGGUAG